UCACCCGCACACACGUCGCGACGCCGCCGCCACUCCGAACCACGCUUGGCGAUAACGCGCUCCAUUUGAACUCGACACUCACUCUAGUUUCUCAAUCGAACCAUUCAUUUCACCGAUAGUACGCUCCCAGCGAGCGAUCAACAAAACAGAUCCUCCCAAAUCCCAGGAUUAGCCCGCGCAAUCCAAACCGGCUUUGUGACCAUAUGAUCCGCAUUGUGCUCGUCCGAACUGCACGACCCUGAUCUCCGAUAUCGGUACGCAGUCACGAUGUCGAUCAACAGUUGAAAAGUGCAGUAUUUCUUUGUCUAGACAUCCGUGUUAAGAUGACUCAGUGACAGAAGACUUUCACGUAGUGCGGUGAUUAGUUAUGUGACACGAUUGUGUUGGAGAUGUGAAUGUUGGUGUUUAAGUAUUCUUGGCUAUUGGUGUUAUAAGGAUAGUGGCAAUGGCUGGUGCUAGUGAAGACGGUGGUGGUGUAGAAGAGGUUCCCGCAGCUACAACGGCAGAAGGGCCGAAGCGGGGUCUCAGCGGAUCCAUGUCUUUACGCACCAAGAAACUUGGUAGAAGACUCUCACGUAGCAUGUCAAUAGUGGCUUUAAAGUUGCCCGAGAAGGCGCAUAGUAUUACACGCUCUUCAUCAAAGUUGAUCAAGUCUCACCAUCGCGAUAAGAAAAAUCGUAAUUUUGAACUUUCCAUCAUACUUCCGGAUAAAACACAGAAACAGGUGACUGUGUUCGGGAACAACACAGUAGCAGAAGUGGCCUGCGAACCUCUCCGAGAGUUCGGUGUCACCGUAGCAGGUCUUCCAUCAGGGCCCAUCUCGGCACCGCAGGCCGUUUCUUUAGAAGGCAGUCUUCCCCCACCAGCAUCACUUUCUGAUGCUCCCUCGGUCCCGCCAACUGCGUUGCUCUUUCUUGGAGGAUCUAAAGCACCCGUGGAGCCUCGCGCUCCUGCCUCCGCGCUGGAGGGAGAAGUACUGGUAGUGGAAUACCAACCAGCGCAGUGGGACGGCAAAGAUCUGGAGACGUUUAUAGCCUGGGAAAAGAUUUACGCUGCGACGUUGUUUUCUGCAGUGGAGCUUUAUGGAAAACCUCUACUACGUGCUGCUGUUAUUACCAAAGAAGAGUACCAUCUACUAUUUUAUUACUUGCAGUCAGUUUCUGAAGCAAGCGAAGCACUAACUGAACGCAUGAGAAAAUAUAUUGAUUCUGGAUUACUCAUUAGUAAGUGUAAAAAAGAAGAUGAUGAUACACAUUCUAUUACUUCAAAGAAAUCUAUUAUUGAAGAUGAUUCAAAAAGUUUAUUGACCGAAUUAAUUCAAGAAGGCGUUCUCUCACAACAAGAUGUAGAUGGUUCUUCUGUAAUAACAAAUUCAGAAUUUAAUGAACAAUCGAUACUCAAUAAGAAAUUAGAUGAUGAUAAUAGGUCCAGUAUUUCAUCCAUUUGUAGUAGUCUUCGUAAAGUAAUAGUCGAUAUUCCGAUAAAUUGCGAUGAAUCUGUGGUCAACAGUUCUUUAAUUGAAACUAACGAUAAUGUGACAACUGUAACCAUCAGAAGUAGUGGACAGUGCUGUGCUGACCACAGAAUAUCAGCCGAUGUUAGUGAAAAUGUUUGGGCGAACGUAAGAUGGGACUUUCUUAAUCCUUCAGACUUCGGAUAUGAUCAAGUUCGCAGUGUGAAACGAAGUCGCUCUGAUUCUGCAAUAACUCCUGUCGCUCGAAGAAAAAACGAAGAAAUCUAUGAAACAUUACCUAACGCAGAAGACGGUGAAUCUUGUGGAAGUAUAACUCCUUAUGAAUCUAUAGAAGAUUUAUAUGAUUGUAUAAAAAAUUCCCAUUAUUUAAGUGCUGCCGCUGAAGAGUCUUCUCCUUCAACUGAGAGUCAGUCCGAGCCGCAAUAUCCAGAUUACUAUGAUAAAGCUUGCACUACUCGCCAAAGUUCCGCGAGUAGCGAAAAAAGUGGGGCCUCCUCUGCGUUUCCAUUUUCGAAAUGUGGUUCGAGCGAUUCUACGGGCGCCUUUACGUCAUGUGAAUCGACCAGUGGAAUUAGUACCUUCGCUUCUAAAAGCAUACCGGAGUCGUUGAAGUGCCGUGAGUUGCCGCCUACACCGACUGAUGCAAGUGAGGGUGAAAGCGCGAUCCUGUUGAAACAGUUGUUUAUGGGGGAGCUAAUGGAUGCUUAUGGGGAAUACUUGUCGGCAUAUCCGUUCGCUCGCGCACUUCUAAGGCGCAAAAUACGUCGAGAUGAACACUUCACCGCUCUUGCUGACAUCAGGAGAGGAGCAGCGAAGCACACUAUCACGGAGUACUUGGAACUACCGAUUGAGCGGCUGGCGCAGUAUGAGCGCCUUGUCGGCGGCGGGUGCGCCCGGCGGCGGGCGGCCAAGCUGUCGGACUUGGAGCGCGUGCAAGAUCUGUUUCCCCAUGAUUACCUGGCGCUGCAUGACGCUGACGCACCUUCUGCACUCGCCUCGCAUCAUGCACAGAAGUCAAAGAGUCUCCGUAAACGACCAAGCUUGGACAUUGGCGGCUCAGUCACCUCAAACGGAAACUCCCUCUCACCUCGAACCUUCAUAAUGGAGGCGCCUGUACAAUUAGCUCCUUUGGGCUCAAACUCCCCACCAUUAGAUCGUAACUUGUUUCUCUUCAGCGACUUGUUACUCAUUGGCAAAUCCAGAGGAACACAUUGCUUCAAGCUCAAAGAGAGUGUGAGACUGGCUGAAGUAUGGGUGUCACUGCCAGAAGGAGAUGAUACUGGCUUCCUGAUAGGCUGGCCGACGAUCACGGGAGUUGCUAAUUAUUUAGCGACAUAUCCCACGCAGGCGGCUAGGGAUAAUUCGUACAGGAAAAUACAAAAUGCGUUAAAUACGCAACUGGCUGCCGAACCGAAGUCGACCAAUAUACAGAUUUUCUACAAAGACGCAACAAGUUCAAUAGAAUUCUGUAAAACCGUAUCAGUAGGACCAGAAAUGAGCGCGCGUUGCGUCGUGCGUCAAGCGCUUCAUGUGCUUCAAACUGGCCAUGACGGAGAAGAAGGUGACGGGGAGGGAGAGAACGAAGGAGAAGGAAGGUGGGGGGCAGCCAACGAGUUCACGUUGUGUGUAAGGAUGGCCAGGGAUGCGCCGCCGACGCCUCUGCAUGGCAUUGAAAGACCUCACGCUAUUCAGAUGUCGCGGAUAAGGCAGACGCUUUCAAACGAGGACGGCUUUGAUUUAGAACAUGUCAAUGCCAAGAACAAUCCUUGUGGGCUGGUCUUCGAAUUGAGGAAGAAGAACCAGGCAUUAAAAAACGGUAGCGUCACACCGGCGCGCGGUCUGCGCCUGCUCCGGCGCGGCGGGCGCCUGUUUGGCGUGGCGCUCACGCGGCUCUGCAACGGAACGCCACCGCCCGCGCUGCUGCAAGCGAUGCGCAGGCUGAGGACUGUGGCACCGCUCACACACGGCGUCUUCCGACGAAGCGCUAACGCUAAAGCGCUGAGAUUGCUAAGAGAUAAGUUGGAUGCCCUAGGCCCUUGGGCAGAAAGUUGUCCAGAGUUGGAUCGCGCGCCAGUGCUGCUGCUGGCUGCCUUAGUGAAGGAGUUCUUCCGAGCUCUGCCUCAGCCGCUACUCAUAGCUGAACUUUAUCCCUCGUGGCUUCAAGUUCUUGGUUUAUCGCAAGCAGAAAAAGUAACAGCUGUCCGGUCCUUGUUAUUAAAAUUACCAAAAUCCCACUACAAUAUGCUCACAUACUUUGUGUGCCUACUCCAAGCCAUCUCUAAGAAAUCUAACAUCAACCUCAUGUGUCCCAUGAACCUCGGAGUUUGCGUGGGACCCAGCCUCCUUUGGCCCAACACCCCCUGUGACAAAGCUCCCAAAGCAGUGCCAAUGGUUGUAGAAUUACUAAUAGUAAAAGCUGACGAUCUGUUCGGAUCUCAAAUAUCUAGCCUAUUGGGCAACGGCAGUCCAGAGUCGUCCAAUGCGUUGUUAGACUCAGGUGCCGAGGAGAGUGAUAGCCUACAUUCUGUCGGCAUAUCUUUGGAUUCCAUGGAACUAUCAACGCCACGUAAAGAAAAAUUGUCAUUAAGCAGAGAUUCUGGACUAACACUCUCAGAAGAUGACUCAAAUAGUAACGGUGGAAAUAGUCCUGCACCUAGAAAUAUUUUACAUAGCAUGUCGGCUACUACAUGUAAUAUGCAACAAGAAUCUAAGUUAGUUGCUAGGUACCACAAUGAAAACCAUAAUGUUAACGGUCUUCCACGAAUAGCCCAACGACAGAGUAACUAUUCAAACAAGGCGGACAUGUAUAGCACAGUCAAUGAAGAACUGUAUACUACGCCAUACACAGGAGAAAGAUAUGUUCAUAAUUCAAUCAAUAUUGGAAUCUCAAAUGGUAUAGAUGAGAGAAAUUAUGUCUCUAAAACCGCGCUACAACGUUCCACAGCAGAUAUUUACAAUCAAAGUCCAGCCAAGUAUAUAACAGGAUUAGAGCCACAAAAACCACCUAGAAGCAUAUCUAAAGCUGCGCGGACUUCAAAAGUAUAUAGCAUGUUUGCGGAAACCCAAGAAGGCGGAAGUAGUGUGUCGAAUAAAAAUUUUAAUCGAGCUAAAAGUUCAGACAAUUUGUUAGAAGCGAAACAAGAAUCAAUUGAUAACAAAAGAGACUUGGUUUCUAGUCAAGAAAACAUUGUAUACAGCAAUAUUCACGAUCUCGCCAUGUUCACAGAAAAUAUUCAAAGACAAAAUCAUUACCAAUCUCAUGCAGAUAUUAUUUCUAAUAAAAAUUCUAACUAUUCUCGAGUUUAUACUGGAUGGGAACAGAAAAGUGCAAAUUACAAUAACACAAACACGACAGAGAAUAUUUAUGGCCACAUGAUGAAGAGUCAAGGCGAACCCUCGCAGAACAAGGAUGGAAGUGUAACACCGGCAGCCACCAUUUUUACAAGAAAUGACUGGUCUCGUCAAGCAGCGAGGACAAAAAGUUUGGAAAUUAACGAUGAAGGACAUCCCAAUAUUACAGAGAGAAAUCGUAAUGGUACCUAUGAAAUUAGCUCAAAUGUCAAUUGUUGUCGAAAACGACGUUUUGAUCCUGCGCACAUGUGCACUAAGAGUUGUGCAAAUGGUCUCGCGACAACUAAUCACAGAGAAUCAGAAAAGCAUGCCAUGAACCCAUUACAUAAUUCAUAUUCUUACGUUGAUGGCAUUUACAAUGGGAGCUCUGAAGACAGUAAAAAGUCGAGACAUCGUAACUAUAACAAUAACAAAUUGAAUCAAUCUAAAUCCCUUGCCAAUAUCAUACUAAACAGUGAUUCUAGCAGCAGCGACACAUUAUAUCAACCUCAAAAUUCAUUCAAUAGUCGAUCGACGGAGUCGCCUGCUAGCGAGAACUCCUACGAGAAUUGUUACACAACCCAGUACAUUGAGCCUUUAUACACUUCUGUAUAUAACCGCAGAAGAGACAUAUUUCACGAAGAGAAAUCGAAUAUGUUUUCAUCCGACAUUUUCAAAGCAACUCCUACAGCCGUGCAACCAGAGUAUCAUGGUGAUAAGGAGAAAAACAAUAAUAAAAAACCACCACAUAUACCGCCACCAGUUCCGCCGCGGAAAAUGGUCUACCAGAGAGUGUUGAAGAAGUUCCAGCCGGUCCACGUUAACAAGGACGACAAAUCGAGAUCUAAGUCAGUACCUAGACUGUACAAUGGUGCUGACAAAAAUGACCAAAACGUUAUAGCGUUAGACUGUUCAGAAUCUGACACGGAAUCAGAAUCAUACGUUUAA